UUCCGGGUUUUAAUCUCCUUCAUGUCUUCUUAAUUUUUAUUAUUAUUUUGCGACAAAUUUUUGGUUCAUGAACAGCUGCUAAAUGAUUUCCAGGGAUUAUUCGUCCGCGUUUAUGUUUCUAUUGUAAGCAAACCCGAGCCCACGGUCACUGGCUAGCAACCGACUCAUGCUAGCUCACCUUCCUCCCUUCCUUCCUUCCUUCCUUCCUGUUCUCCAUUACAAACAUUUACUGCAGUAAGAGACAAUGAGCGAGACUGCUAAGGACAAGGGUGCUGUCUCUACUAAAGAGAAGGGCGGAGCUGAGAAGAGAGGCAGAGGCAGACCCCGAAAGAACCCACAGGAGAAAAAGCAGCAAGAGCCCAGCGGUUCCCCGACGCCGAAGAGGCCCAGAGGACGACCAAAGGGAAGCAAAAACAAGGCAAGCUCCACAGCAUCUAAAGGCAAAAAAGCAGCUGCUGCGACUGCGUCUGCAGUGGGAAAACGCAGAGGAAGACCCAAGAAAGCAGAGAAAGAAGAGCAGCCGUCUAAGUCCUCCGAGGAAGAAGAGGAGGAGGAGGAGGAAGAGGAAGAAGAGGAGGAACAGUAGAUCAGCAAAUCAGCGCUACCUCAUAACUCGAUCUCGUUACUUCCCGUUUAGAGCUGGACUUUUUUUUUUUUUUUUUUUUUGGACAACAAAGACAAAACUCAAACGGCCGUGCCACUCUCACUCCUUCUCUUCCUCCGUCAGCUCCGCACACUACAGUGCAUCUCUUUAUCUCUCUCUUUAUCUCUCUCUUUACCACCACUGGAAAAUGGACUCGGAUACUGUGUGUACAGGUACAGCAUUGUGCCCAUCUUGCCCUCUGCCUGUGUGUCAUUAUACUGGACAAAGAUUUACUUUUGAUGCAGGUUUUUUUUCUUUCUUUUUUUUUUUUACUUGCUUUUAACAAAAAGUCACACCUUCUCUCUGGACAAAGGUGAAUCAACCUACUUUUAUUGUUUGUGUGUGUAAAGGGAGGGGGUCAGUACUUUACUCUUUCGGCUUCCUUUUUGUUUUUAAGCUAUAAGGUGGUGGAAAUGGUGUGCGUUUGUGUGUGGGAGCGUAAUAGACACCAACUCAUCCUGCGUCAAGCAGUCUCCGAUCGACGUUCUUCUAGCUCAGAUUUCGUUCUCAGAGCAACAUUUCGCGAAGGAUUGGUUAAAAAAAAAUAAAAAAUAGGGGCAAACGGUUAUCCGGUCGUCUUGAGAUCACGAGAGCGUAUGACGUCGAGGGGGAAAAACUACGCUAGUAUUUCCAAAGAUCGAGAAUUUUCUCGGUGGUCGCAAAAGGUGCACCGAUUUCGUUUAGAGAAAUAUCCAUAAUUGACAAUAAACCGACGAACCCGAUCAAGUGAACUCUAUUGUGUAUGGGAUUUUUUUUUUUUUUUCUUUUUUCCAGCUUUCUAUUCACAUGUAAACAAGAGAAAUAAAAUAAAAUCUAACAAACCUCCAACAGACUUACAAUUUCACAAAGAAUUAAAAUAAAAAUUUCUGUGCAUCUAUAGUAAGGCAAAGUAAUAAAACUCCUGAUCUCAAGACUGCAGGACAAUAAAACGUGUUUUGUUUCCCCGGGAAAGAGUGUAGACGUGAAAGCGCGUUCUGACGUCAUAAUUUCAUUUUAAUCAGCCGAAGCGAGGAGUGGAAUUUAUUUUCUGUCCACAAGACGGCGCUGUUUGCCCACUUCAGAAAUUCCCCACUUUUUUUUUUUUUUUUUUUUUUUUUCCCCCCAGUCAGGCUUUUUAUUUUUUGUCUUCCUUGUUCUGUGUUUUUUGUUUUUGUUUUAAUGAAUAAAACUCCGAGUCAGGGAACGCCGAUCGGUCCUGCGACUGACUUUCUCAGAACUUUUAAUGCUGCUACGAACAUGGUUUCAAAAGAGAAAAAAAAAAACCCGGAAUACUGCAACUUCACACUCGUACCUCACUCUGUGUCGGUUUAGGACGGCCUACUGUUAAUAAAUAAAUAAAAUUUACAAAAAUGAAAAAAAAAAAAAAAAAAUUCUUCAGCUCUGCUGCUCCCAGUGCAGCCUCGGUUUGGCAAGGUUUUCUUUUUCCCAAAAUCUUUUUUUUUUUUUUUUUUUUUUUCCUUCUAUUUUUUCUUUAAUGGGAGUUCAGUUUGUCUUAGAGUUAGACUUUUUUUUUUUUGUGUGUCUGUGACUAACCGUAGGUUUUUAGAGAACUCGUUCAUAACUGCAUGUACAUCAGCGUACAGCAUCAAACCGUUUCAGAUUCUUCUCGUACAUGAGAUUGUAGACGUGCCACAGAAACGACUGCGUCUACAACGGAGAGAGGAAAUGCUGUUUCUUGCAUUAAAAAAAAUUGUUCACCCACUGUGUGUGUGUGUGUGUGUGUGUGUGUGUGUGUGGGCAUGGUGUUUUGAACAUGAAAAAAACUCAACAUGGUCCUAAACCCUGCUGCUUUUUGUCUCCCAAAUGACUAAACUGGUAAAACAGUCAGAUGAAUUGGGACGUUAACAGUUUCAGUCUGAGCGAAAAUAUUUUUUUUUUGAUCGAUUCCAAUGAUUUGAGGUUCCAUCGGUUUCAGAGCAAAAUUCAGCAUUACAAACGUUCUGCUUUUAACCUCGACGUUCCUCUCCGUUCCUCUCCGUUCCUCUUCCUCAUUUACACUUUGGUACUCUGGUUUUAAAAUACUGACGUUUUCACCGUGUGUGUGUGUGUGUGUGUGUGUGUGUGUGUGUGUGUGUGUGUGUGUGUGUGUGGUGCCUGCACACAGUAAACUGGUUUGGGAUCAGUCUUUACAAUGUACAAACUUGUUUUUCCUCUUUUUUUUUUUUUAUUUUGGCCUGCAAGUAUUUCUAUUCAGACUGGUAAUAAAGUUAAUGAUUCCUA